GAUUAUACCAAUUGGUUUGAAUUUGCUCAUGAAUGGUGGAAAUACUCUAAAACGGAUUCCAGUGUCCUUACUAUCAUGUAUGAGGAAAUGAAGAGGGACCCUGUAAGCCAUGUUCAGAAGAUAUCAGAUUUUCUCGGCCAACCUCUGGACCAAGACGUUUGCAUGAAAAUUGCAAAAGAAUGCAGGUUUGAAUCCAUGCAGGCCAAAAAACACGACUUUUUAGAGAAGUUUAUAGAGAGCUCUGAUAAAAACAUAUGGCGGAAAGGAGCCACUGGCAUGUAUAGGAAAGGUGCUGUUGGAGAUUGGAAGAACCAUUUCACAGUUUCUCAAAACGAGCGCUUUGAUGCUUUGAUUCGGGAGUGCAUGAAAGACUGUGACAUGCAGUUGACAUAUGAGUGACGUAGUUGUUAAUGCAAUUAAACAGUCGACAUUCAUUGUUUUUAUCAUACAAAUAAAAUCAAUUUGAAAUGGAGAUUUUAAUGAUAUGCCUACGAGAAUAGCAUUGAUAAUCGGAAAUCCGUUUGAUCACACACAAGUUAAAGGUUAUGUAAAGCGAAAGAAUUUACCACAGCAUAAUACUAUUUUUAUCAGGCUUGAUUUUUUUAUAGUAGCAACUUUUUCAGAAGAAAGUCGACAAGCAAUUGUAAAAAGUUUUUAAAAAGAAAUACACUAAGAACAAACGUAUUUAACAAACGUAAUUGUCUCGAUACAGUUGUGAUUUUAAGUGCA